AUUUUUAACUGGACUGUAAACCGACUCUCGCUCUUGUAUAUAAAGAGGAAGUUUCUGAGCAGCUGCCUGCAGCAGAGAGGACUUUAAAGUGCUCUAAAGAUGCGUGGUCUCUUUGCUAGUUGUGCGCUCGCUGCGCUGCUCCUGGCCGUAGCCUUGGCCGACCACCACCACCACAGCUCUGCGCAGAGCAACGAGGAGCACGAGAGCUGCCACAGGCUCUCUGCUCCUAAUGCUGACUUUGCUGCUGUCCUCUACAAAAGUCUGAAUGCCAAGACUGCUGCUGGAAACAACAUCUUCUUCUCGCCACUGGGCAUCUCCACUGCCCUGUCCCUGCUGUCUACUGGGGCCCGCGGUGAAACCCACAGCCAGCUGUUCUCCAGCCUGGGCUACAGCACCUUAAACCAGACUCAGGUCAACGAAGCCUACAAGCAUCUCUUUCACAUGCUUGGACAAAGCCAGGAGAACCAAAAGCUGGAUGUUGGCAACGCUGCUGCGGUGCGCUCCGGCUUCAGUCCUCUGGAGCAGUUCUUAAACGACAUCAAGCAGUACUACUCAGGGGAAAUCUUUCAAGUUGACUUUACCAAACCUGAAGAGGCUGCAGCUGAAAUCAACAAACUCAUUGCCAGCAAAACCAACGACAAGAUCAAAGACAUGGUGAAGGACUUGGACACUGAAAUGGCAAUGGUCCUCAUCAACUACGUCUACUUCAGAGGACAGUGGGAGAAACCUUUUGACGGUAACAUAACACGCAAAGAGGAAUUCUAUGUGGACGGAAGCACCACAGUUGAGGUGGACAUGAUGAGGAGGACGGGACGCUACGACUUCUACAGAGACGACGGGAACAGCGCCACCGUUUUAAUGCUGCCGUACAAGGGCAACACCUCCAUGAUGAUUGUUUUCCCCGAUGAAGACAAAAUGAAUCAGGUGGAGGCUGCCAUCAGCAAAGAUCAAAUCACGCGCUGGCACGAUUCCUUCUUCAGGACUAACGUGAAUCUUGGCAUGCCAAAGUUUUCCAUCUCUGCCAAAGCCUCCCUGGAUGACACGCUGAAAGAAAGUGGAAUAACGGACGCUUUUGAAGACGAAGCUGAUUUUUCUGGCAUGUCUGAUGAGGUCCGGCUCAAAGUCUCAAAGGUGUCUCACCAGGCGGUGCUCAGCGUGGAUGAAACAGGAACGGAGGCUGCUGCUGCCACCACUGUCGAGAUCAUGCCGAUGAGUCUGCCCCAAGCCAUAACCCUCAACAGACCCUUCCUGCUCUUCAUCCUUGAGCAUUCAACAAAGAGCAUCCUCUUCAUGGGCAAGAUCAACAACCCCACAGCCUAAGGACGCCCUUAGUGCGCCACAUUUGUUGUUCACACUGCAGCAGUAGCUCCGGGGCUUAUCUUUACCUCAGGAUCUUAAAAUGUUGUGGAGGUGCCGCUGUAAUAAUAAGAACGCCAAUAGUGUGACGAAUAUGACAUCACAUAAGAGAUAUGAAUCCGUCUGUCAGCAUCAAACAUUUAUUAGUAAAAACUGAACUUGGCCAGAGGCAAAGAUGUCUGAACAUGUAGACACAGGUCAUGAAAACAAGUCAAAGAAGCCUCUACGAACACAGCACAUCAGCUGUUGUGCGGCCGAUUGCGUUUUGAAUUUGGUUCAACAUGAAGUGAAAUAAAAACUUUCCAUGAACACAGA